AGUUGUUUGUUUCACUGAUACCAGCUGCUGGACUAUUCCAAUCCCUGUCGGAGAGAAAACACGGGGACCACCAGUCUUUCUCUUCUCACCCUCCCCAUUUACCUCAUUGUGGUUUCUUUUAUUUCACUCUGCUCUUCUGUCUUCUACUCGUCUCAUCCGAUAACUUUCCUUUUCCCCUCUCUUCAACCUGCUGCCUGCUUCGUUUAAAGGUUUUAAAGCUCCUUUUCUAUUUAUUUAUUUAUUAUUUUAAAGGAAGGAUAAAUAUGUAUUUUUAGAUAAUCUGCAAAUGAGAAGACGUAAAAGAUGGAGUUGCAUAUUUUAGAACACAGCCUGAAAGUAGCAAGUAUAGCAAAGGAAGGUAUUCAGAUUUGCACUCACGGAUUAAUUAAACUCGCCUUCUUGCCUAGUAAAACAAGAUGUAAGUUCUUCAGUCUGACGGAAACUCCGGAGGAUUACACCAUUAUUGUUGACGAAGAAGGCUUCAAAGAACUGCCCGAGUCGGAGCACCUCAGCGUUGCGGAGGCCACGUGGCUGGCGCUCAACGUGGUUUCGGGGGGUGGAAGUUCCUCCAGCUCUCAGCCAAUCGGGGUCACCAAAAUUGCCAAGUCAGUGAUAGCCCCUCUGGCGGACCACAACAUAUCGGUGUUCAUGUUAUCCACCUACCAGACUGACUUCAUACUGGUGAGAGAGAGAGACCUGCCGAUGGUCAUGCACACCCUGUCCUCUGAGUUCACCCUUCUGCGCGUGGUCAAUGGCGAGACUGUUGCCGUCAACAGCCUGGGGGUCACCAAUGGCUUUGUAAAGCCGAAAUUGGUCCAGCGCCCAAUCAUCCACCCCCUGUCCAGCCCCAGCAACAUGUUCUGUGUGACCAGCCUGAACCCCGAUACCCUACCGUCCGUGGCCACUCUGCUAAUGGAUGUCAUGUUCUAUUCCAGUGGAGUUAAGGAGCCUGCAGGAGCCAGUGAUGAUUCUGGGCACAUUCGUUUCUUCUCCUUCUCCCUGAUUGAAGGCUACAUCUCUCUGGUCAUGGAUGAGCAGAUGACCCGAAGGUUUCCCAACAAUGUCCUCUUCACCAGUGCCUCAGGAGAGCUGUGGAAGAUGGUUCGCAUCGGAGGGCAACCACUUGGAUUUGAUGAGUGUGGCAUUGUGGCUCAAAUAUCUGAACCUCUGGCUACUGCUGACAUUCCAGCCUACUACAUCAGUACCUUUAAAUUCGACCACGCUUUGGUCCCCGAAGAGAAUAUCCAGAGUGUGAUUGGAGCUUUGCGGACCAAUGAGAGCACAGGACAGUGAAGGGCGGAGCCGUGGGACUGGUGUCUCUCGUCCUCGCUGACAUGUCAAGUUACCGUCAGAUAACGUCAAACUCAAAAGUGCCAAGAUCUUACCUGUGGACUGCUGGGGGGGGGAGGGGAGGGGAGACUCAGUCUGCAAUGAGCCCAAAUAUUCUGUGUUCUGUUCUCAGAGACUGUGCCAACACCCCCAUCCCAUAGGUUUAGUUCUGUGAUCAUAGAGCAUUUCCUGUCGUCUUUUGUGACCAUGCCAGCGGGAUCUGCUAAAUCCCAAGCCCGAAAUUUUAUACCAGCUCCUGAAACAUUUUGUUGGCUAUCCUCUUGCUGCCCCCCCAACCACCUCUAUUUGGCCCCAACUGCUGGGUUGCUUUAAUUUGGCAAUCUGAGCUGUUCAUGCAUCAAAAACCUUGUUAUAUCUUCUCUUGCAUUAUCUUAAGGAAAACGACUCUGCACAAAAAGAAUCUCUGGCAUGGUUUAUGUGUUUAGUGUUGUUUUCUUUUUGAAUCUCCCCUCGUAUACAGUGCCAUGAUGCUUUGAGCCUAAACCGAUGCCUUGCCUAAAGCUGUUUUAAGGUGCAACUACAGGAGAGAAUAAGGUGGUGGUAUUUACCGUGGUGAGGUUUGGCCUCUCAACAUUGAAUAAGCUGUCUUACAGUAUAUGGAUUUAUUUGCGUUCACUGUACAGUGAUUGAUUACUAUAGUUGCUAAUACAAUAGUUCCUUUCCACAAAGUAUGCAAUCUUGUUUCAGCAAUAUGUUGUAGUUAUUUAAGCUAUAUCUGAAGGUGGCUGUUAGACAUUCAAUACAAAUUGCAUCUUUUUUUUUUUGCCAACGAGGUUAUUUAUCAGACCAGUGAAUUGUCUAUACAGUGCUUUCAUUGUGUGUAUUUUUAGCUGACUGGGGAUUAAGUUGAGUCCUUUCAGUGUGCAAACUGAAAACUGACGGCAAGCACAACAGUAUUGGUCAGCGUUCAGUCUGCUUGGAGCCCUUGGCUUAGCUAACGGUUGUGUUCACCUUGGUCGCAGUCGUGAGAGACUCACUCAUUUGCAGCAGGUCUUGCACAACUGCUGUCUGUUCACCGCCCCCCCCCCCCCCAACCCCCCAGAGACAUUGCUUUCUCUGCCAUUAAUACAAAGGAAAUUAUUUGUUGCAAGACAAACGAAAGAAACCCACACCACACCUUGAUUUUUUUACCAAACUAGCUGUUCCAGUAUUGGAUGGAUAGGGUUGGAGAUGUUCAGUCAGAUCAUCAGAUGUGGUGGGAUCAUGUGGAAUGUCAGGUACAUUAUGCAACGUUGUCCCUGUUUUUAGGCCUUAACCCCCCCCCAGUCUGCACUUUACGGUCCCGUGGAGCUGCUAAUGUGAAAACUAAGUGUAAUUUGGUGUCCAGGAAGGUAGCUCAUGAGGCAAGGAUUGUUGGGUUGCUUUUCUUCUCGGAGGAUUGGUUGUGGCAUUUCUCUACACCAAACCGACUUGUUCUAGGAAGCCAUUUACAUCAGUGUUAGAUUCAUGGGUGAUGUUUAUCCCAAGGAUUUAAAAAAAAAAAAAAAAAAAAACUUGUUUUGAGCUUGAGGUGCAUUUUGGGAAUCCAUUUCACCCCACUUUCUCGUCUUGCCGCGUUUGUUUUGCACACAAUGUUUUUUAGGGAGACGAGGUACUUUUAAUGUAGGAUGGGGUUAAUUUUUGGUUAGUCUUCUCACACAGUUCAGCUUGCUUAACGUUAUUUAGCUUUCCAUGUGAGACUUUCUGCCACUGAACAUCUAGGUUCAUCUCUGUAGGCCUGAUGAGUAAAUGAGUGGUCUUGUUACCCUUUUUAGGAAAAGGUAAACUUUCUCGAUUGUUCUGGAAUAGCACAGGUCUUUGUUGUUUUGGACCCCCCCCCCUUCUAUGCCUUGUGAUGUUCCAUUGUUUUUCCUGGGUAUGUUGUGUAACUUUACUGACACCAAAACCUAAACUGGAGUGAGAAUUGAAGCAUGCGUUCCUUGUUGAUAAAACAAUUGCAGUUCAUAAACUUUUUGUGGGUUGUAUGUAGAAGCUGAUUUUUAUUUUCUUUUUUUCCCCAGCAUAGAGUUCAUGUAUUUAACUAAACCGAGUAAAACUGAAACACGGUCCACUGUCUUGCCACUGUUACAAGCGACACCGUCAUUAAGGUCGGCUCAAGUCUUUUGUACGUUCGCUUUUUUUUCGGUUCCAGUGCAACUUUUUUUGCACUAAAUGAUCAAGUGGCUACAGACUGUGCUACGACCUAAAGUUCCCAGGAUUAGGGUGGAUGGACCAUAGUCCUUAUGAGUCGACUUGAAAAUGGAAAUUAGUAUGAAUUCAUGACAUGAACUUUUGGUCUUACGUCCUUAUUAACUAACUGCGGUAAUCCGUGGUUAAUAUCUGGUAGUGCUGAAUUUCAGGGACGAUCCUGUUUCAUUUUUAGGUAACUGCAGAACAAUUAUGGGCAGCAAGUUAGUUCAUCCACUUUUUUUAAAUUUUUUUUUGUUCCAAGCUGAGUGCAGAGUCAGAUGAGUCACGGAUGGUGAAGUUGUCCCUAACCCUUGUGUAGCACUGAGCACAUACAAUGUAUGGCUGCUCUUCACGUGCUCGAUGUUUUGCUUCUAAAACGUCAAUCCUUUUAAUAAGCUAAAGCAGGACUUAAGGUCUGUUUUACAUGUUUCCCAGAAUAAUGUGACUAAGUUUACAGUGAGCUAGAAUCCGGUGGCCCGAUCAGUCACGGUGCAUGAGGUGAUUUAGACCGUGACUGGUGUCUCUCAUUUACUUUGGGUCAAAUGGAACACAGGUUGAAUGACUGUUUGAAGGUGUUGAUUCCCACAUCGUUUUGAUAAAAUUAAACAGUUGUUGAGAAUUGGAACCUAAAAGAUGUUGCUCAGUGGACGUUAUGCAACUUCGCCCAUCGCCAGAUGUUCCUGAGCCUCAGACUAAACUGCAAGUUUGCGACGUAACUCGAGUCCCGCCGUUUACUUUUUUUGAAUAUAAAGGAUCAUGGUUAUUUUUUAAGGGGCUUAAAUACUCCAGGCUUGUAGGUUUCUUGUGAAGCGCCCCCCCCAAUAAUUUUCAUGUUUGUUAGAAUUCAAUGUUGGAAUACGAGGGUAAAAUCUAUAGCUUUCAAGCCAGGAAUCUGAUUUAAAUCUUGGCCAAUUUUUAUAACUCGUCCCCAGCCCCUUAUAUUGCAACUGUAGAACAUUCUUCCUGUAAGCGUUAAUCAUGCAAUUCAUUUCAAGAUAGUAUGUCUGUACGGGGGCUGUGAACUAAUGAACUAAAGCUGCUACGUUUUGAAUGUAUGAUCAAAGUGACUAUCCCUUAAGACGGUUUCUGUGCUGUGCCCCGCUCACGACUGGCUGACCCGAGUCGCGUGUUCAAGUGUAUUUUGUCUGUGGGUUUUUAUUUUAUUUUCCCCCCUUUUUGAAACCUCUUCCCAUCACCAAAAGUUAAAUGGUUUUGCAUUUUCAGAUCAGAAUUGUGAAAUAAUUAAAAGCAAAUUGGUACAUCAAGUGUGGCAAAUUAAAAAAAAAAAAUAAAGUACUUUAAUCUGUCAA